CCUUUUCAAAACUUUCUUCUAAAGCCAUGAACAAUAAUGCCUUCUCUCAGUCACAGUCCAAACCAACUCUUCCAGAUGCUUGGGACUACAAAGGCCGACCCGCCGACCGCUCCAAAACCGGUGGCUGGACCGCAGCUGCGAUGAUUCUCGGAGGUGAGGCUGUAGAGAGGCUAACAACACUAGGAAUUGCAGUGAAUUUGGUAACGUAUAUGACAGGAACCAUGCAUUUGGGGAAUGCCACUUCGGCUAACACUGUCACCAAUUUCCUUGGCACUUCCUUCAUGCUUUGUCUCCUUGGCGGCUUCAUUGCUGAUACGUUUCUUGGCAGGUACCUCACAAUCGUCAUCUUUGCAGCCGUUCAAGCAACUGGUGUUAUAAUCUUGACAAUUUCUACCAUAAUCCCUUCGCUCCGGCCACCGAGAUGCACGGCAUCGGCGCCAUUGAAUUGCACUCCGGCGACCGAGUUUCAGCUGACAUUCCUCUACAUCGGUCUCUACACGAUUGCCCUCGGCACCGGCGGCUUGAAAUCCAGCGUCUCCGGGUUCGGUUCCGAUCAAUUUGAUGAAACAAACAAGGAGGAGAGGUCUCAAAUGACCAAUUUCUUUAACUGGUUCUUCUUCUUCAUAAGUAUUGGCUCGCUCGCCGCCGUGACGGUUCUCGUCUACAUUCAGGACAACUUGGGACGGCAAUGGGGGUACGGCAUUUGUGCCUGCGCCAUUGUCACUACUUUAAUCGUGUUCGUCUCCGGUACUAGAAAAUAUCGCUUCAAGAAGCUAGUGGGUAGCCCGUUGACACAAUUCGCUACCGUUUUCGUCGCUGCUUGGAGGAAACGACGUAUCGAUUUGCCAUCAGACUCGUCGUUUCUAUUCGACAUUGAUGAGGUUGGAGAUGAAGGAGAUGGGAAGAUGAAGAAACAAAAGCUUCCCCAUUCCAAACAAUUCAGAUUUUUGGACAAAGCAGCAAUCAAAGAACCAGAAAAAGGAGGUGAUAUUACAUUGAUGAACAAAUGGAACAUAUCAACCUUAACUGAUGUUGAAGAAGUGAAAAUGGUGAUAAGAAUGCUACCCAUUUGGGCCACAAACAUCAUGUUUUGGACAGUCUAUGCUCAAAUGACAACCUUUUCUGUCUCACAAGCCACAACCAUGGAACGCCGCCUUGGAAACUCAUUCCAAAUUCCGGCUGCCUCCCUCACUGUCUUCUUUGUAGGUAGCAUUCUCAUAACCAUCCCUGUUUACGAUCGACUCAUCGCUCCGAUCGCUCGAAAGUUACUAAAAAACCCUCAAGGCCUGACCCCAUUACAACGAAUUGGCAUCGGUUUAGUCUUGUCGAUUCUCGCAAUGGUGGCUGCAGCUCUCAUUGAGCUAAAGCGACUUAGCGUUGCGAGUUUACAUGGUCUUAUGAAUUCGACAAGCGACGUACCAUUGAGCGUGUUUUGGUUGAUACCACAGUUCUUUUUGGUAGGGGCAGGUGAGGCAUUUACUUACAUUGGGCAGCUAGACUUCUUCUUAAGGGAGUGUCCAAAAGGGAUGAAAACAAUGAGCACAGGGCUGUUUCUAAGCACACUAUCAUUAGGGUUUUUCUUGAGCUCUUUCUUGGUGACAAUUGUGCACAAAAUAACAGGCAACAAGCCAUGGUUGGCUGAUAACCUCAACCAAGGGAAGCUUUACAAUUUCUAUUGGCUUUUGGGCAUUUUGAGUGCUUUGAAUUUUGGGGUUUAUUUGGUUUGUGCCAAAUGGUAUGUGUACAAGGAUAAGAGGCUGGCUGAAGUGGGAAUUGUAUUGGAGGAAUCAGAAAUGGUUUGCCAUGCUUGAAAGGGAAGUGCUUUUAGAGCCCUUUUUAACUUUUUAGUAUACAUACUUGGCCAAUGUCAUAUCUCCCUUUUCCCUUUUGGAAGACCAUAAAGUUUGUAAUAUCUCUAUCAUAGAAUGAAAAGGGAAUAGAAAAGGAGGAAAUUUCAACUUUCGAGUGUGGUUUGACUCAAUUGUCAAUCCCAUGAUUAUGAAUCAAUCAAUACAAGAAAUAAUUAGUACUUAA